AUGGAUAAGAGUUGGAUGAAGAAGAGUAGAUUGUCAAGAGAUUUUAUGCAAGGGAUUAAAGAAUUUUUAGAGUUUGCUUCUCACAAUGUAUCUAAUGAUGGAACAAUUUCAUGUCCAUGUAUGAGAUGUGUGAAUUCAUACAUGUUGACCCUAGAAGUUGUACAUGAUCACUUGGUAUCCUAUGGAAUUAGUCCGGGUUAUAAUUGUUGGUAUCUUCACGGGGAAAUUAUGUCUGCAACGACUUCUAGUAGAACUAGUCAAAGCCAUGAAGAAAUACGACCUGAGUAUGGUGAUAUACGUGACAUGUUGCGGGACGUGUUUCCCAUGCACACCCAAAAUAUAGAUGAAUAUGCAGAAGAAAGUAAUUUACCAGAACCAUCUGAUCAAGGUCCAAGCAUGCAACGACCUCAAGAAGAUCCUAAUGAAGAGGCACAAAAAUUUUACGACUUACUGAAAGAUGCUGAGAAGCCUUUGUAUGAAGGGUGCAAGAAUUUUAGCAAGUUGUCAGCAAUUGUGCAUCUGUAUCACUUGAAAUGUCUUAAUGGAUGGAGCAACCACUCAUUCACAAUGUUGCUUCAAAUUUUGAGAGAUAUGCUUCCUUCAGAUGCAAAUUUGUCGAAAGCCUCUUAUGAUGCCAAGAAGAUUAUUAAGGAUUUAGGUCUUGGUUAUGAAAAGAUUCACGCUUGUCCUAAUGAUUGUAUGUUAUUUUGGAAAGAACAUGCAAAUGAUGAAGUGUGUCAUUGUGGUGCUUCAAGGUGGGCAACAAAUGAGAAUGAUUUGCAACAUAAUAUGAGUACUUCAUCUAAAAAGAGAAAGAAAAAGGCUGCAAAGGUUUUACGAUGGUUGGGGUUGGCAGCAGAUGGAUUUAACCCUUAUGGGAAUAUGAGUACUAGUUAUAGUAUAUGGCCGGUCAUAUUGGUCCCAUAUAAUUUGCCUCCAUGGAUGUGCAUGAAAAGAUCUUCUUUUAUCCUAUCAUUGCUUAUUCCUGGUCCGAGCUCCCCUUCGAAUGACAUAGAUGUGUAUAUGCAGCCUUUAGUUGAAGAAUUGAAGGAAUUAUGGGAUGUUGGAGUACAAACUUAUGAUAUAUCUUCCAAAGAGAACUUUCAAAUGCAUGCAGCUCUAAUGUGGACUAUAAAUGACUUUCUCGCAUAUGGUGAUUUGUCUGGUUGGAAUACCAAGGGUGCUCUUGCAUGUCCUUCUUGUAAUUAUGAGACUCAUUCUCGAUAG